GAGACGGGAGGGGGGGUUGAUAGAAGAGGAAAAGCUGGGACCACGGAGCUCUUCCAACACGCGCGUUCAGCCGCUGCUUCUCGUUUGGCGUCGUGCCUGGGCAAGCAAGCCGCAUUCGGGCCAGAAGAGCGCAGCCAUCGCGCUCACCGGAUCCAAACGGUUACAGAAUAUAGAUGGGUAUCGCCAUGACUUCAACCUUGCUCUGCAGCCUGUCCCUUCUGCUGGCCUGCAGCAUGGCUCUGACUUUCAGUCACAGUGCUAGGAGCCCAGACAGAGUUUCUGAAGCUGACAUCCAAAGACUUCUGCAUGGUGUGAUGGAACAGUUGGGCAUUGCAAGACCCAGAGUGGAAUAUCCAGCCCAUCAAGCAAUGAAUCUCAUAGGCCCACAAAAUAUUGAAGGUGGUGCCCAUGAAGGUUUGCAACAUUUGGGUCCUUAUGGAAAUAUUCCAAACAUUGUUGCUGAGUUGACAGGUGAUAAUAUACCAAAGGAUUUUAGUGAAGAUCAGGGAUAUCCAGAUCCUCCAAAUCCUUGCCCAAUUGGAAAAACAGUUGAUGACGGAUGUCUUGAAAACACACCCGACACAGCGGAGUUCAGCAAAGACUAUCAACUUCAUCAGCAUCUUUUUGAUCCAGAACAUGACUACCCGAGCUUAAGUAAAUGGAACAAGAAUUUACUCUUUGAGAAAAUGAAGGGUGAAUCGAAAAGAAAGAAAAGGAAUGUAAAUCCAUAUCUUCAAGGACAAAGAUUGGACAACGUUGUGGCAAAGAAAUCUGUUCCACAUUUUUCAGAUGAAGAAAAAGACAGAGCAGAAACUGAAUGA